AUGCUCAGAGAUACCAUGAAGUCCUGGAGUGACAGCCAGUCAGACCUCUACAGCAGUGACCAAGAAGAGGAAGAACAGAUGAUUUUUGGAGAAAAUGAAGAUGAUUUGGAAGAGAUGAUGGAUUUAAGUGACUUGCCUACCUCACUCUUUGCUUGCAGUGUUCAUGAAGCCGUGUUUGAGGUACAGGAAGAAAAGGAAAGAUUUGAAGCACUUUUCACAGUCUACGACGAUCAAGUUACAUUCCAGUUGUUUAAAAGCUUUAGAAGAGUAAGGAUAAACUUCAGCAAUCCAGAGGCAGCAGCGAGAGCACGGAUAGAACUGCAUGAAACCGAUUUCAAUGGAAAGAAGCUGAAGCUGUACUUUGCACAGGCACAGGUAUCUGGUGAAAUAGGUGACAAGUCCUACCUUCUUCCUCCACAACCUGUUAAACAGUUCCUGAUAUCACCUCCUGCAUCUCCACCGGUUGGGUGGAAGCAGAGUGAAGAUGCAACUCCCCUGAUAAACUAUGACUUGCUUUGUGCUGUCUCCAAGUUGGGACCAGGGGAGAAGUACGAGCUUCAUGCAGGAACAGAAUCAACUCCUAGUGUAGUUGUUCAUGUCUGUGAAAGUGAGACAGAAGAGGAAGAUGAAAUUAAAAAUCCCAAACAGAAGAUCAUGCAGACAAGGCGUCCAGAACCACCCACAACAGUACUGAGCGAAUCUAAAGCGUUCGAUUGUACGCUGGAGGUAGGGGGUGCUAUGCACUGUUAAAUCGUGUGAUGCUCGAGAUGGUGUCAAAAAUCAGCCACUUAAAGAGUAGGUGUGUUGAUGUCUGUACUGCUGCUAUAUGUUACGUAUAGCGACAACAGAUUUUACUUGUAGUUGUCUCUCAUGUUCAAGACUUUGGAUGCCAAUGCUCUGAAAAGCACUUUAAUUUUAGGGACUAGUCCCCCAACUGUAGCAAAUCCACCUGACUUGAAAUAGUGAAAAAUAGGAAGUCUGGUUGUGUUUUGGUUUUUUUUAAGAUGUUACCUUUUUCUUUAUACUGUACAG